ACUGUGAGGUUAUCACAGAAGAAGUUAGACAGUGUGACAAAAUAAAGCAUCAUACUCAUUUGCAGAUAGUUUAUUUUCAGAAGUGCAACACAGCACUGCUCCACUACACAGCAGACUCGUGUUUGAGAUAAACGGUGAUCAUCAAAAACCAUGGAUUACAAUGUGAACAUUUGUGAAACAGAUAUCGACUACGAGAAUCUGGCAGAUGGAGAACCAGCUCAGGAUUUCUCCUUCAAUCCCAUCAAUGAGCCAGAAACCAGCACCCAAAAUUGCCCUGAAAUACUGGAGAUGGAAGUCUUUAAAGAAUGCACAGAUGUACAGUCAAACAGAAGCAGUUACACGAGUGACGAAUCACACGACAGAGAAGAGAUCAGCCAUCUGCAGAGACACGGCUGGUCGGCUGCAACGGUAAAGGUGCUCGCCUCGAUGCCUAGUCGCACUGCAGAAUUAAAUAAAUCCCGGCGAGUGCGAUAUCAGGCCUCAUCCCAUGAAUCUCCUCACCUCUCCAGACCAGUCCAGGGUGCCUCUGUUCUGGCAGAGGCGGAGGAAAUCAACACUGAAGAUUCCAAUUUGUGCGCCGCUGAAAAUAAUAUGGACCAGCUGGUGUCCAGCCUCCAAGGCCUCUCAGUGAGUGAAGGCACCCGCAAGCUGCGAGCAAUGCCACUUAGCUUGGCAGAUAAGAUCGAAAUCCGAAAAGUUGCUUUCAGUUUAAAAACUGAAAGUUCAUUCAUCGGCAGAAAUAUACCCUGCUACACUCAUCUAAGCAUGUACAUUUCAAUGACUUGGCGCCACUGCCUCUUUAGCUGCCUGCCCGUCUUCAGUUCGUUCAAAUUGUGGCAUUCAGCCUUGAAGACACUGAGCGGACGUUACGGAACCGGUGUGCUGUCCUACUUCCUUUUUCUGAGAACACUCCUGUUCCUUAACCUUCUCCUCUUUGUCAUCACUGGCUUGUUCCUAAUCAUCCCACAAGCCAUCAACCCUCCUCACAGUCCUAAAGCAGACUUCAGUGGUAUUGAGCUUCUCACGGGCACGGGCUACUUUUCUGACAGCUUGAUGUUUUACGGCUAUUACUCCAGUGAAACGUUACCUGGAGACCAAUACCGAAUGCCAGCAGCCUAUUUCUUUACCAUCGGCUUCACCCUCUUCAUUAUCUGCAUCAUCCUUGUGUACAGGUUGUCCAAAUCCUUCGGAAAAAACUUUCAAGUCCUCAAAUCGAACAAGAAUCUGGCUGUGAAAGUUUUUUCUUGCUGGGACUUUAAAGUGAGCAAGAAGAUAUCUGUCAGACUCCAGUCUGAGAAAAUCAGCACUCAGCUCAAAGAGCAGCUGUCUGAGAUGAUCAAGGGAGAAGACAAAAAGACCUGCAUGCAACAACUUCACCGCCUUAUUGUUCAUCUGUUGGCGUGGACCGCAUGCUUAAUAAGCAUUUUCUUGGGCACCAUAGGAGUGCACAACCUGUCAGGAAAAAAAUUCAACAUCAAGACCACUUUAAAUCUGCCCAAAGACACUGAGUUGCUGGUCUUGUCAGCAGUGGUGUCGGGCAUGAACCUGUUACUCCCUGGCUUCUUCAACUUGUGCGUUUGGGCAGAGCAAUAUGAAUCACCUGGCACACGUGUCUAUGUCUCUGUCUUCAGGAACCUGCUGUUGAAGGUCAGUGUUAUUGGAGUUCUAUGUUAUCGCUGGCUGGAGAGCAUUCCAGCCAAUGGUCUGGAGUGUUGGGAGAGUUCAGUUGGCCAAGAACUGUACCGGCUCCUUGUGAUGGACUUCAUCGUUACGGUGCUUUACACUUUUUUGGGAGAGUUCCUAUGGAGGGUCUUUUCCCAGACAAUCCUGCAAAAGAAAAGAAAGCCAGUGUUCGACAUUGCUCGUAACGUGUUGGAGCUCAUAUAUGGGCAAACUCUUACAUGGAUCGGAGUUCUGUUUGCACCACUUCUUCCUGGAGUCCAACUAAUAAAACUGAUUGUGUUGUUUUACAUGAAGAAGAGAAGUCUCAUUCUCAACUGUCAGGCCUCAAGAAAGCCCUGGAGGGCCACUCAAAUGACAACGCUGUUCAUUUGCAUACUGUGGUUCCCCUCAUUUCUUGGCACUGUCGUGACUAUCAUUUAUACAGUAUGGACAAUCAAACCCUCGGAAAAGUGCGGCCCUUUCAGGAAUCUCACAACAAUGUUUGAGGGAGGGCAGAUGUCGACCAGGCACCUGGAGGAUGCUCAUCCAAUCCUGAAGUGGCUCAGCUGGGUCUACGACUGUUUGGUAGAGAAUCCAGUGUUUCUAUUCCUCGCCAGUGGAGUCUUUCUAAUGGUGAUAUACUUUCAGGCUCAAGUUGUUGAUGGCCAGAGGAAAAUCAUCAGCCGGUUAGAAAAGCAGAUUGAAAAUGUAUGCAUAAGUUUGUCUAUGUUAGCGGCAUUUCUGAGUUUAAGCGCUAACACUCGCACCAUGUUAAGGCUGACACUGAUGGCGUACUUUUAAAAUGUACAAGUAGCAUUUGAACUGCUUUUAGCAUUUCCCCUGAUGAUGGCAGCGGAGAAAAAAAAGGCAUCGCUAAAGAUGUGAAAAUUCCUUCUGAGUUGAGAGACAGAAAUGACAAAAACAAAUUCAGCAUCCUAGUUUGAAUUCAUCAUCUGAGUAUAUAUGGUUAUGUUAAAAUUCUUCUUUCGUCUCUUCCCUCCUAGUUUUCACUUCUUCCUCCUGUCUUUUUGUCUGUGACAUCAUCUCUAAAGCUUACAGCCUAUACGGUCACUUCUUCACCUCCCUUUUAUACUGUCCUUUGCUUUGGAUGGUUGACCCAGGUAUUUAAACUCAUCCAUCUUCAGUACUUCUACUCCCCUCAUCUUCACCUUUCCACCUGCUUCCGUCUCAUUCAUACACAUAUACUCUGUCUUACUUGUACUGACUUUCCUUUCUCUUCUCUCCAAUGCAUGCCUCCACAUUUCCACUCUCUCUUCCUCCCGUUUUACUGACACCCAAUCAUUUGGACAUUUAAUACACGCUUUAAUUCUUUUUCUGUCUUGAUCAUUGUAGCUGACUUUUCAUGUGCUUUUUAUAAUGCCGCUUCAUGGUGAUCUGAACAGACAAAAGAGCUUCCAGUGCUACUGAAAGGGCUUGCUACAAGCGUUCAAAGAUCUGUGAAACAUAGUCCAAAACAUUAGUUUUAUUGGAUUGUGCAGAAGUUGUUAUUUAAAUAGUUUUAAAAGACCCCUGCACUGAAUAACCAAAAACAACUUCAGCUGGGCUAAGACACAGGGAUCCUUGUUUAGCUUCCCGUAUUGCACACACCAUUAGUGGAACUCCUUCAUCCCAGUCAUUACCAGUAGCCAAACAGCACUUCUGAAGCAUAGAUUUAAUAGUCUGGUGCCACCUUUCCAGAGCUCCCUAGGACUCAGGAUGACAGGCACUAGAGACCACAUGUUUAACUACUAAGAGUCUGCAUGACCUAGUUAAAGAGCACUCAAAAGAAUCUGUUGUUGGAUGAACACAAUUUAAUCAUGGCACCUAUUUCCACGUGAUUUAACCAAGUACAAUAACCAAUUUUUGAUCAUGUCAAACCAACACAUUUGGCAUUUGGUGGUUUAAUGUAAUCAGAUUACAUUGGAUCAACGUAGUAUACUUACAUUGAGUUGAAGUGAUUUAUUUAAGUAUGAAAUCUGUUUUAAUUCAUUCUACACAAGUUAAGGAAAAUGCAAAGAAAUCUUGUUGCUUGAAUAACUACUUUGUUAAGCAAGGCAAUUACUGCUAGUCUUGCGUAAUGAACCAAUACAGGGGUUGAUGAUUUUAUAGAGAAAAACAACCAUUUACACUUAGAUUUAUGGGUAAUGCAGAAUCACCAGUUAACCUAACUCUAAUUACACACAGCAAACUAGCCAGAUUGUGGAUUUGAACCCAGGUCCUUCUUGCUGUGAGGUAACAGCAUUAACCAUCACACCACCAAGCUGUCAACCCAGGCUUAACAAACUAGGAAAGCUAUGGUUACAAGGCUUGAUGCAGCAUUUUCUGUACGUUUUUGUCCUUGACAGGUUAAACCGCAAUAAAUAGCAAUAGCAUACACGUGGUGUGGGUGUAGUUGUCUGCCUCUUAAAACUCCAGCGAUUUUCCUGCAGUUUGACAUCUAAUGUGAUUUUCGUGAGUCCAGGCAACGAACCACUCUUACUAGAUUGUAUCAUGUCAUCUCAACAAGAACAAAUUAAGUUGCUGAAUUUCAUGCAGAUGCUACAUGAUUUAAUUAUGUUCACCAUAGAAACAUGAAAUUAUUUAGUUCAAAUUACAAGUUGUACAUGUAACAACCACACAAUUUCAUCUUUUUGAGUGUGUUUUGAUAGAAAAUUUAUGCCUUUGUCUGUCUGAACUACUUUGGACUUUGGGAGGCCAAAGAUGGUAAAAAAGCCUUUAUGAUUAGAGGAGCUGACUCACUCAAGGGCAACAAAUCAGUGACUAUCAGUGACCGAGAUCUACCAGUAUCCCUCAGGACUUUUAUAGUUUGCUCAACCUCUGGUUUGCUUGUUAAAGACAAAGAUCCCUGAAAGAUAAAUUGUUCAAAACAUGGAUCAGGCUCUGGGUUUGAAUUGUUUUAAUUAACCCCACCCCGGCUCCAACUUCCAAAGUUCAAACUCUGGCUGAUGGUUUGGGCUUUAUCCUGAGCCUCCAACUGUAAUCCUGCUAAACAUUCCUUGAGAAAUGCUUCUUCCUUUAUUCCAGGAAGUGAAAAGAACUAAUUGAGCUAGGUCAAGUGGUUAUUUUUUGCAAUUUUGGGUGUGUCUCGAUAGCAGCCAAUUCCCCAUCAUCCACUGGCAGAGCAAAUUUUGCUUGUGUAGAUCUAUUAGGUAAAACUGGAGGACAAGAUGAACCGAGCCCAAAAGUUUGUUUGAGACCACAUUUCUCAGAUCUCUCAUAAGCAUUUGCUUGCUCACAUUUAAUUCAAAGUGUUAUGCUAUGGACGACAAAUCUUCUUUUCUACACAAAUACAAUUCCGUCCAUGAAGCUUCCUUCAGAAACUUAAGUCAGAAGCAACAGCUGCCAUACUCAGCCCUGUUAACAGUCACCAAAAGCACAAGAUAAGAUAAGAAACAUAACAUAUAACUUUCACUAUCUAGUGUUUGGUUGAGAACAGGACAGAUCAGUCAGAGUUAACAACCAACAUCAAGCUAGCCACAAACAUAAACCUAUCAAAAAGACCCGACAUGGGUAGGCUCCUGCCUACAUAGCAGAGCUUAUAACAGCAGUCAGCUUCUCUGAUCAUCGGUUUAUAGUUCCACACUAUUUAUAACCAGAGGUGACCACGCUUUUCACGCAGUAGCUCUAAAACUUUGAAACAGCCUUUCUCAGCUCAUCUGGUUAGCUCAGUUAGUAUUUUAUUACAGUUUUUAAUUUAUUGAAUCAAUUUAUUUUUUUAAUAACUGCUGAAAUCAAUUUUUUGUCAUUAUUAAUAUCAAUGCAUUGUGUUUUGUUU